AUGGACGUGGUCGAAGCGCAGCGCCUCCUACGCGCCCGGUACCAGCAGCCGGUGAGGACGUUCUUGGAGAGCGACGUAGCGUAUGCCGAGAUGUAUGGGCCAUGGACGACCGACGCGUACGUCUUGGGCGCCCCAUCCUGCCAGAUUGUGCACACGAACCCAGCUCUCACGUCGGAAAAGGCGUCCGAGAUUGCGGCGCACCGCGAGCAAGCUCUGGACACCGCGCCAAGUGGCCGUGCGCUGUGUCCGUGGCCUGGUCCGCCGUUGUCUAUCGACAUGCUGCAGGUGCAUGCAGCGACAUACCUCGAGCUCUUGGAGCACACGCCGCCGACGACGACCGAGAUGCACCUCUCGCAGCUCCUGUGGCACCUUCUCGCAAGCAAUCUCACGGCACUCGCGGCUGCUUCCAGCGUGCCCGAUCUGCGGUCGUUCUUUCUCGAGCUCGUCGUGCGGCAACCGGCGCCGCGUCCGCAGCGUCUGGCGUUUGCGCUGCUGGGUUGCGUGAGUACCGCCGACUCGAUCGACGCCACUCUCUCGAUGGAGCUCUUCCAUUUGGCGCUUGAGAUGGCCGAGCGCACGGUCGCGCUCGCAGCGAGCGACGAUGACGAGCUGGUGGCGUGCAUGAGUCGCACACUGCUGUCGCUGACGCACCCCUCUGACGCGUGGGUCCUCGAUCGCCUCGUUCCGCUGUCGUCGUCCGGCGUGAUCUUGUCGCUUCUCGAUGGCGUCCACGACAUUCCAACGCUCGUGCUGCUUGUCGAGGGUCUCGUCUUUGGCCUCUACCUGACGCGACUUCUUGGGCUCGAGACGCAUCCUCGCUGCGCUGAGCGCCGAAGCAGCGAGACGAUCUCACUUCGCCGGGCAAGCAGCCAUCGACUGGCGUCCGUGUCGGCGCUUGUUCUACCGACAGACCCGGCGUCCGGGCGCCAUACCUUUGAUCUCGGACUCGACGUCUUUUCGGCGUCGCCAAAGCUCUUGGAGACGUUACUGCAUCUGUACUACACGACGCCGUCAAUCGCUGUCCAGCGCCUAGUGUUUAUGGUGCUAUUUGACGCCACCAAGGCCAACCUGCCCGUGCCAGUGCACGAAGCCGAGUGGCUCUACGAGGCGUGUCUCGCCGCUGGCGUUCCCAGUCGACUUGCCAUGUACCCGUCGAGCCGUCCGUCGUCGCCGCUGGGCGGCAACAACAUCAUCAGCGACCUCCAUACGGCGUUUCUCGACGAGCUCUUCCAUCUGAUGCGUGUGGACGAGUAUUUCAAGCAGAGUGCGGCUCUCGCAAGUGCACUCAAGACAGCGCGUGUUCAGACGCUGGACGCUUUGCACGCGACGCCGGAUGCGGUCGUUCUUGCCAAGGUUUUUGCGCUAAUCGAGUCGCGCGACGACGCGUACAAAGGCGAGCGCUGGCUAUCUGAGCUUCUCUGCGAUGCAAACCGACUCGGGUCACCUGUGUUUGGCCAGGCCAACGACGGCGACGAGGUGUGCGACCGCAGCAGGCUCCGCGCCGCCGCCCGCACCAAGUUUUGGGAAGCGCUUCGAUCGCCGGUCGAGCGUCGCCGCGUCGCGAUGGUGCAUGUUCUAGCUAUCGUCGUCCAACGCCGCUUUGGAAGCGCACAAAGCGAACAUUUGCUGCUUGAUGUCAACAGCGUCGUUUCUACGCUGCUCGACAACAAGGAAGCCUCGCCCCUUGUGCUCUUGCCGGUCCUUCGCGUCAUUUUUGAGCUGUGCACCCGCCGUCUGAGCUACGCAUACGCGCGAUCGCGGCCGGUCCAUGCGCUGGCGCCACCUCGCACGCUCCUCGCAGCGCUGCGCCAUGGCGUCUUUGCCUUGGACAUGAGUCUCCUUCGCGAUAUUUCGAGCGAUAUUUUUCUUAUCGGUCUCGACGCCCUCUCAAACGAGGUGGCGGACAAGAGUGAUGACGUCGGUGUCGUCAUUGCGCUCGUCGUCAAGCAUCUCUUCCACGAUGUGCACCUCUUUUCGCGCGCGGGGGGUCUCUUGCGGUUCCUCCAUUUCCUCGACCACUCGAAUCCAACGAUUGCACUACUCGUAUCAGAACUCGUGGUGGCCAUGAUCAAGACGAGUCAGAAGGAGCAGUACAUACACUGUCUCAAGGAACUGCAGGUACUUGCGCAAGAGACCGACGACGAGCGUUGCCUUGCCAACCCGUAUGUGCACUGUCGAAGCCUGCUCCGCCGCUUUUACGAUAUGCAUGUCCUCCCGCUCGACGGCGCAAUGUAA